AUGUGGGAAGACUUCGAGUUCGACGCCGAGCGGAUCCCGACCCUCAAGCUGGGCUUCCACCUCGCCCAGAUCCUGUUCGCCUUCGUGUUGUGGGCUCUCGAGAUUGCCGUGUUCAAGGACAAGGACUCGACCAUCAACGGCAACAAUGGCUGGACAUUUGCAGCGUUCUUCCUCUCGAUACCGGCAUGGAUUUUCCUGACCAUGGCGCCGCGGUCUCCACGCACCCGAAAGCUCGCCGAACCUCACGCCAUGCUCGCUAUCGAUGCGCUGUUCACUGUCAUCUGGCUCUCGGCCUUUGCAACGCAGGCCUCCUUCAACACAGCCAACUCGUGCGGAGGCGCCUGCAGCCUCAGCAAAGCCAUUGUCGGGCUCGGGUUUUUCGUCUUCCUCUUCUUCGCCGUGACAACCUUCCUCAGUAUCUGGACGCUCAAGUACUACCAAAUGCACAACCAGCUGCCGGGCUACGAGCGUAGGUCGCUGCACGGCCACAGCGAAAUCGACCCGGACAAGGCGGCCUUCUCCAUGGCACCCCACGAUGACGAGGCAUAUGCGCCCAUCAACGUGGCGGACCACGACGACCCCCAUCCUCUCCGCCACCACCCCAGCGGCAGCAUGUCUGGUGGCGCCCGUUCCGACUACGCGGCCGACCCCUACGGCGCCCCGAGCCCGUACGCUGCUCCUGCGAUUCCUCCCGCUGCCGUCGACCCCUACGCCACAGCCCCCGGGGUCGUCGCCGGCGGGCUGGGCCGCCAUCCCAGCCCCCUGCAGAACCCGUUCAUGCAGGACAACCCGUUCGACAGUGACCUAGACUACCACGGGUCCACCGUCAGUGGCCAUUCUGCCGCAGUCGGCGGGAGGUAUGCGGCGCCGACAGCUCACGACACCUACGAGGACGACCACGGGCCUGCACAGUUCCCUAACGCAGACUACGAGCGGAUAGAGAGGAGGUAG